AUGGACUCUUCGUCGGUCAGAGUAGCUUCAUAUGAUGGUGAGGAUAGAUACAGCGUGAUUCUUCCGACAUAUAAUGAACGCGGAAAUCUGCCAAUAAUUGUUUGGCUCCUGGCAAAAACUUUUAAAGAACAUGAUAUCGAUUGGGAAAUUAUAGUUGUCGAUGAUAAUUCACCAGACGGAACUCAAGAAAUUGCAAAGCAACUUAUUUCUGUUUAUGGCUCUGAUCGUAUUGUGUUGAAACCACGAGCUGGUAAACUCGGCCUAGGCACAGCGUAUGUGCACGGCUUACAAUUUGUCACCGGGAAUUUUGUUAUCAUAAUGGAUGCCGACUUUUCGCAUCACCCAAAAUUUAUUCCGGAAUUUAUCAAACUUCAAAAAACCAAAAAUUAUGAUAUUGUAACCGGAACGCGGUACGCGGGUAAUGGCGGUGUAUAUGGAUGGAAUCUCAAACGCAAAGUGAUAAGCCGCGGUGCGAAUUUUCUCGCUUCGACCUUGCUUCGUCCCGGUGUGUCUGAUCUUACCGGCAGUUUCAGACUCUAUAAAAAGGAAGUACUCGAGAGAAUAAUGUCGGUGGUCAUCUCUAAGGGUUAUGUGUUUCAAAUGGAGAUGAUGGUUCGCGCGAGGCAAUUCGGUUAUAGCAUUGGUGAAGUUCCUAUCACAUUUGUUGAUAGGGUAUAUGGUGAAAGUAAAAUGGGUGCUAAUGAGAUUGUGCAAUUUGCUAAAGGGGUGUGGAAUCUGUUCAUUUCUGUUUGA